GCCGCCCGACCACAGUCAAUCCAGCGACGCCGAACGGACGUGCGCUCCCGGACCUCGCUCUAUUUACUUUAUCGCACAAACGUUUACGCGCAACCCACCUCGCAACCCACUGCGGACCGCCACGGACCACAAACUAGAUAUUGUAGCUGCAUAUUGAAAGUUAAUCAAUAUGGAUGGAAACGGCAAGAUUGAAGAUAACCCGAAGAUCCUUUCGGGGCCGGUGUUGACCAACUCGCCCAACGCCGUGCUGUCCAAGACCCUGCUCAGCCGGUACCAGGACCUGCCUCUGCCGGCUGACAGGAUCCUCGCCACCUACGUCUGGAUCGACGGCACCGGAGAGCACAUCCGAUGCAAGGACCGCACCCUCAACUUCAUACCCAAGGUCCCUAAAGACCUGCCGGUAUGGAACUUCGACGGCAGCUCGACCGGGCAGGCCGACGGGCACAACUCGGACACGUUUCUGGUCCCGCGCGCCAUCUACAAGGACCCGUUCCGUCGCGGCAACCACGUGCUCGUCAUGUGCGACACGUACAAGUACAACAUGGAACCUACAGAGACCAACCACCGGUUGAAGUGUCAGGAGGCGCAUGACAAGUGCAAGGAUGAGGAGCCGUGGUUCGGCAUCGAGCAGGAGUACAUCCUACUGGACUCCGACCUGCGCCCCUUCGGCUGGCCCCCGGGCGGCUGCCCCCCUCCUCAGGGCCCCUACUACUGCGGCGUCGGAGCCAACAAGGUCUUCGCCAGGGAUCUGGUCGAGGCUCACUACAGAUGUUGCCUGUUCGCCGGCGUGCCCAUCUCUGGCACCAACGCUGAGGUGAUGCCGUCCCAAUGGGAGUUCCAAGUAGGUCCAUCCGUGGGUGUGUCCGCGGCCGAUGACCUCUGGAUGUCCAGGUACAUCCUUCACCGCCUGGCUGAAGAGUACGGCGUCAUCGUCACCUUCGACCCCAAGCCGGUGCAGGACUGGAACGGGUCUGGAGCCCACACCAACUUCUCUACCAAGAAGAUGAGGGAGGAGAACGGUAUCAUCGAGAUCGAGAAGGCCAUAGACAAGCUGUCGAAGGUGCACAUGAAGCACAUCAAGGUGUACGACCCUCGCGGAGGGAAGGACAAUGAGCGCCGUCUGACCGGCCUGCACGAGACCGCCAGUAUUAACGACUUCAGUGCAGGAGUGGCGAGCCGUGGCAGCAGCAUCCGCAUCCCCCGCGCCGUGGCGGAGGAGAAGAAGGGCUACCUGGAGGACCGGCGGCCGGCGUCCAACUGCGACCCGUACGCCGUCUGCAACGCUCUCAUGCGCACGUGCAUCCUCAACGAAUAGCACGCCGACUCGCCGGCCGAGUCACGUGACCUGCCCGCCUCCUAGCCCGGACACACGCCGGCUCAUAACUAAGCAUCGCUACGGAUCACGGGGACAUAGACAAAGGAUCGCGAAGAAUGUGAAAUGAACACCGUAAAGUUGCACCGAAUUACGUCAAGAUGUCGCCUUUGAUCGAUCGGUGUCACGAGGCUGAUCCAAUACAGUAUGAUGAAUGAUAAUGAACCGUUUCCGGAGACGUAGUGGUGUCAUAUGAAUCGGUCAACCACAUAACGCACGCUUAAAACUUAUGAUUAGGUUCGCAAUCGCAACUAAGUAGAUUCAGAAUAAUAUGUGCCUUUCAAGUUUUAGAUUAUUUUACAAUUCCGUUGCCGAUGCGCGUACGUAGAUUUAACCAAACAAAGCGGCACUUACACGUGAUAGCAGGUAGUGAGUUUAUAAAGGACCACAUAAACUAAUUAUACAUUUUAAUAUAAUAGAAUAUACUUUUACGAUUAUAUUAUGUGAUAUUUAGAAAUUAACUGUUAAUUGUCGUACAUAUCUAUAUUCAAUGUAUUAAUUCUAUACAAAUAUUUCACUUUAUUUAUAAAUGUAGUUUAGCUAUGUACCAAAAUAGCAUGCAUAAAUAAUAGAUUUAAAUUAUAUUAUACCUAACCUACUACAUACAAUGGAGAUAUUCGUAGAUAUAUCUGGGAAGCUAGAGCACAGUCACCAUGCUAGAAUGAACAUAGCACGCCCCACUUGGGACGUCUGUAAAGAUUGAUAGUUGGUAUGUAGAUUGCCUUUGAUACUAACGUAUUGCCUCUAAUGAAGUGUCUAGAUUAGGAAUAUAAUCCACAGUUAUACCUACAAUUCCGAUAGCAAAUAUAAAAGUGUAACGCACAUUCGAAUAAGAUAGGUAUCUAUAUUAAAUGUUAUGUUAACCGUGUAUAAUCGAUGGCAGUAUGGCCUUUCAACUGGUAUGAGUUGAUAUUAUUUUUGUUUAGAUUUGUGAAUAUGUUAUUAAAACGUUACGAAUGAGAAGUUUUAAAAAUAAAUGAUACUUUGUUGUUAACACAAAA